UCCGCCCGCUGCCCGGCUGCGGGGCGCUGUUGCAGGCUCCGGCGGGCGGGCGGGUGGCGCAGCGCGGUGCCCGGGUCUGUGCCGGCGGCGGGCAGGAGGGGCCGCGGGCUCCCCGCGAAGAGGCGGAUGAUGAACAAGCUCUACAUCGGGAACCUGAGCCCCGCCGCCACCGCCGACGAGCUCCGGCAGCUCUUCGGGGACAGGAAGCUGCCCCUGGCCGGCCAGGUCCUGCUCAAGUCCGGCUACGCCUUCGUGGAUUACCCGGACCAGAACUGGGCCAUCCGGGCCAUCGAGACCCUCUCGGGUAAAGUGGAGCUGCAUGGCAAAGUCAUGGAGGUGGAUUACUCGGUCCCUAAAAAGCUAAGGAGCAGGAAGAUUCAGAUCCGGAACAUCCCCCCUCACCUACAGUGGGAGGUGCUAGAUGGACUUUUAGCUCAGUAUGGGACUGUAGAGAAUGUGGAGCAAGUCAACACAGACACAGAAACGGCCGUUGUCAACGUAACGUAUGCAACAAAAGAAGAAGCAAAAGUAGCAAUUGAGAAGCUCAGCGGCCACCAGUUUGAGAACUAUUCCUUCAAGAUUUCCUACAUCCCGGAUGAAGAGGUGAGCUCCCCUCCGCCCCCUCAGCGGUCCCGCCGGGGGGGCCGUGCCUCCAGGGAGCAGGGCCCCUCCCCGGGAGGCUCCUCACAGCCCAAACAGCUCGAUUUCCCACUGCGGAUCCUGGUCCCCACGCAGUUUGUUGGUGCGAUCAUAGGAAAGGAGGGCUUGACCAUAAAGAACCUCACUAAGCAAACCCAGUCCAAGGUAGACAUCCAUCGGAAGGAGAAUGCCGGUGCUGCUGAGAAGCCAAUCACCAUCCACGCCAGCCCCGAAGGGUGCUCCGAAGCGUGCCGCAUGAUCCUCGAUAUCAUGCAGAAAGAAGCUGAUGAGACUAAAUCCGCCGAAGAGGUUCCCUUGAAAAUCUUAGCACACAACAGUCUAGUAGGGAGACUGAUUGGCAAAGAGGGACGAAACCUGAAGAAAAUUGAACAAGACACAGGGACCAAGAUCACCAUCUCUCCUUUACAGGAUUUAACCAUUUAUAACCCUGAACGGACCAUCACGGUGAAGGGCAGCAUCGAGGCCUGCUCCAAUGCUGAAGUGGAGAUCAUGAAGAAGUUGAGAGAGGCCUAUGAGAAUGACAUUGUCGCUGUCAACCAACAAGCCAACUUGAUCCCAGGGCUGAACCUCAGCGCACUGGGGAUCUUCUCCACUGGGCUGUCUAUGCUGCCCUCUGCAGCGGGGGCCCGCGGAGCUGCAGCUGCCUCCUACAACCCCUUUGCGAGCCCCUCGGCAUACCUCUCGGGUCUGUAUGGAGCCUCCCCCAUUGGCGCCUUCCCACAGCAGCACUCUUUGCCCGCACAGGAGGUUGUGAAUUUAUUCAUCCCGACGCAGGCAGUGGGUGCCAUCAUUGGGAAGAAAGGCCAACACAUUAAACAGCUGGCGAGAUUCGCUGGCGCCUCUAUCAAGAUCGCACCAGCAGAGGGUCCAGAUGCCAGCGAAAGGAUGGUCAUCAUCACCGGGCCCCCGGAAGCCCAGUUUAAGGCCCAGGGCCGGAUAUUUGGCAAACUGAAGGAAGAAAACUUCUUUAACCCCAAAGAAGAAGUGAAGCUUGAAGCCCACAUUAAGGUGCCUUCCUCUGCAGCUGGACGCGUGAUAGGCAAAGGUGGUAAAACGGUGAACGAACUGCAGAACUUAACCAGUGCAGAAGUCAUUGUCCCCCGUGACCAAACUCCUGAUGAGAAUGAAGAAGUUGUCGUUAAAAUCAUCGGGCAUUUCUUUGCCAGUCAGACUGCACAGCGCAAGAUCAGGGAAAUCGUACAGCAGGUGAAGCAGCAGGAGCAGAAACAUGUUCAGGGAGCCCCUUCCCUACAGCGCAGCAAGUGAGGCUCCGACACGCCAGCCAGCAACAACCGAUGAAUGUAGCCCUUCCAACACUUGCCAGAGCGCCAGAUCGGGGAGCCAACCAAAGACCCUCCUGAGGCAUAAACGUCUGCCCACGGCUGGGCUGUGCAGAGGACUCACAGUGGGGAGGGGGAGGGUUCCAACCCACUCACACUGACGAUGCCACACAGCAGGGGCUCUGCAGACUCUUCCAGGCCACAGCCUCCAUGUUCCUCUAUUUACUAGCGCGACGCUAUCCCUUUAGUUGGACUAACAUAGGCGGAGAUGGGGCAAACAUCCCACUGACAGCUCUUUAGGACCCACUCUUUGUGCAUGUGUGCACAUACUAGAUGAGAAGAUUUUUACAGUGCAUGGGCUGCAGUGCGUGAGGUGGCACUCGCAGCAUUAAUAUAUUUUAGAAUUAAUAUAUCAGUAACUAAACUAACCGAUUUUUCUUUUCUUUUUUUU